UUUACUUGAGUACUGAAUUUAUAGAAUUUUACAGUUUCACUACGGCCUUUUGAUCGACCACAUCAAUGUUAACUAUAACUAAGCUGAAAUAAUUGAUCUACAUGCUGCAGUUAGAAAUUUUAAAGCUCAUGUUUUAACCAAUAACAUUAUAAAAUAUAAUAUCGUGUUAGAAUUUCGAUGCUGCUUAAGCUGUGUGUGCUCAUCAUUUAUUUUAAAUAAUUCGUUAAACAAAUUUUGUCUUUUUUCUUGAUUGAAAAGAAAUUUAUGUCUUUCUUUGACUAUAAUCUUACUGUAAGGUAGAGAAAAAGAAAAGAGUAUUAUAACACGUUGGCACUAUCGUGCUGUGAAACUAAUUUGCUCGGGGUCAAUGAAUAACGGUAUAGAAUCGGAGAAUAUAGUAUGUCGUCCUAUCAAGUUCGGACUUCGCCUAAUCGGCGUAUGGCCGGGCACGUCAUAUGCAAUCUUGCGCAGAGUGUUCUGUAUAUCUUCAAUGGCAGUGUUUCAGAUUUUUCAAUAUUGGUACGUGAUCUUGCACUUCGGAGAGGAAGAUCUAUUACUCCUUAUGGACGUAUUAAGCGCAACUAUGGCUUACAGUCUUCUGCUAAUCAAAUUGAUUAUUUUUGCAUUCAAUGCUCGUCUGCUGAACGAAAUCAUAGCACACACAGUUGUUGACUGGAAGGAGCGCGAUGUUUACGACGAAUACACGAUGACUAGAAUGGCGUACAUCUCUCGUCGGUUCUCCAACUUCAUAAUUGCUUUGUACGCGCUUUCGGUGUUCCUUUAUGCAACCGGUACUUUGUUGAGGUUUAAAAGUAAUAAUCAGACUGACACUCGAGAACUUCUCCUUAAAAUGGAAUUACCUUUUGAGAUCAAGAGCACAUCGGUGCAUAUAGUUGUCUUUGUUACACAAUAUGUUCAUCAAACAAGCGCAGCCAGUAUGGUGGGCGUGAUGAAUUCCUUGCUAAUAACAUUAGUUCUUCAUGUGUGCGGACAAAUUGACAUUUUGCGACAAAAAUUGUGUGAAAUCACGCAAAAGGACAUCAAGCGAGGUAUAAACAACAGGAUUAUGAAAAUGUUGAUUAUUCGGCAUCAAAAGAUUAUCUCUUUUUCCAAGAAUAUCGAAGAUUUUUUCUCAAAUAUCGCGCUAAUACAAUUUGUAUCAAAUACUAUGGUUACAUGUUCUCUAGGAUUUCUUAUUGUAAUCUCUAUGGGUGUCCCGGGUGGAAUGCCUAUGCUAAUAAAGUCUGUGUUUUUUUACAUUGUUAUAAGCAUGGAAGCAUUCAUAUUUUGUUUCCUCGGAGAGCAUCUCUGUACAAAAGUCAGUAUUUCACGUAAAGCGAAGUGGAUACAAUACAUUACUAAGAUCAUUUAUUAUAUAUUUCAGAGCCAAGAGAUCGGCGAUGCUAUAUAUGAAUUACUUUGGUACGAAUUGAAUCCGAAUCAAAAUCAAGACAUUCUGAUUUUGAUGAUAAGAUCGCAGAAACACUUGACGCUCACGAUUGGAAAAGUCAUGGAUCUUUCCCUCAAACAGUUUGCUAGCAUGGUGAAAGCUUCGGCGUCGUAUGUGUCGGUGUUGUACGCGAUGUAUUGAAGCUUCAAUACACUGCAUGUCGCUUAUAUCUUCGCGUGCAAAAGGUACUUUUACUACCAUCAGUUUACAUGGUUAACAAUUUUCCUAUUCAAAGAGGCGGAGUUUUACAUCAAGUGUGUAGACAAGCGGGGUUACUAAAGCAUCGAUUUCCCGAGGCAUCCAUUCGCGAUGCCUUUAUUUAGCUUGCAGUGCAUAAAGGCAGAGCUAUAAAUACAUUGUUGAUAUUUUAGAUCGAUGUACUUUACCAAAUCUGAUAAUAAAGUGAUAAUCAAAAU